CCUUUAGACAGUUAAACGUUUUGCAAGGAGGCUCCUCAAGGUCCCAUAGUCCCUUGGUUGCGAACAUGCGUGCCUGCUGACAAACAGUAGACGGGGAUCAGGAUCAUCCGUGCUGCGCGCAUUCUGGGAUGUUGGAGCGCCAUAUUGCACCUGGCUGAACAGGAUAAGUCUGCGGCUGGCCUCCUCGGACCACCGUUAACGUCUCAAAAGCAACAGCUCCGUAAGGCGCAGUGAGAACCCGGAGCAAAAGUUUAUUAUUUUUUUCUAAAACACCUCCUGUUGCCGGGAAUCGGACAGCAAAAUGCCCAAAGCGCUCAACGUUCGGGUCACCACUGUGGACGCUGAGCUGGAGUUCGCCAUCCAGCCCAACACCAUAGGGAAGCAGCUGUUUGAUCAGGUGGUGAAAACAAUCGGCCUGCGUGAAGUCUGGUACUUUGGACUACAGCAUGUGGACACUAAAGGGUACCCCACUUGGCUAAAACUGGAGAAAAAGGUGUCACAACAGGACAUAAAGAAGGAGAACCCGCUACAGUUCAAGUUUCGGGCCAAGUUCUUCCCGGAGGAUGUUUCUGAGGAGCUGAUCCAGGAAAUCACCCAGAGGCUCUUCUUCCUGCAGGUGAAGGACAACAUCCUCUCAGACGAGAUCUACUGUCCUCCAGAGACGGCCGUGCUGCUAGCCUCCUACGCCGUUCAGGCCAAGUUUGGUGAUUACAACAAAGAAAUCCACCAGCCUGGAUAUCUGGUGUCCGAACGGCUCCUGCCCCAAAGAGUCCUUGAGCAGCACAAGUUAUCCAGAGAACAGUGGGAGGAGAGGAUCCAGGUGUGGCACGAGGAGCACUUUGGGAUGCUGAAGGAGGAUGCCAUGAUGGAAUACCUAAAGAUUUCCCAGGAUCUGGAAAUGUAUGGAGUAAACUAUUUUGACAUCAAGAACAAGAAGGGAACAGAUCUGCGACUAGGAGUGGACGCACUGGGACUCAACAUUUAUGAGAGAGAUGACAGGUUAACCCCAAAGAUCGGCUUCCCCUGGAGCGAGAUCAGAAACAUUUCCUUCAACGAUAAGAAGUUCAUCAUCAAACCCAUCGACAAAAAAUCUCCGGACUUUGUCUUCUACGCCCCGAGAUUGAGGAUCAACAAGCGCAUCCUGCACCUGUGUAUGGGUAACCACGAGCUGUACAUGCGUCGCCGCAAACCCGACACGAUUGAGGUUCAGCAGAUGAAGGCCCAAGCCAAAGAGGAGAAGCACCAGAAACAGAUGGAGAGGGCUCAGCUGGAAAACGAGAAGAAGAGGAGAGAAGCCAUCGAGAAGGAGAAGGAGCAGGUGGAGCGGGACAAACAGGAUCUGAUGAUAAAGCUGUUCCAGUUUGAGGAGAAAAACAAGAAGGCAGAGAAAGAAUUGCAGGAGCAGCUGCAGAGAGCCAUGAUGCUGGAGCAGGAGCGGAGGAGAGCGUCAGAGGAGGCGGCUCGACUGGAGCGGGAGCGUCAGGCAGCCCUGCUGGCUAAAGAAGAGCUGGCUCGACAGGCUGAGAGUCAGAAGAAGACUCAGGAGCAGCUGGCUGCUGAGCUGGCAGAGCACUCAGCCAAGAUUGCUCUGCUGGAGGAGGCCAGGAGACGCAAGGAGGAGGAGGCUGCAACAUGGCAGCACCGGGCUCGAGAGGCUCAGGACGAUCUGGUGAGGACCAAGGAGGAGCUGGACAUGGCAACGACGAUACCCCCGCCUCCUCCACCUCCCCCCAUGUACGACCACGGGGACGAGAACUACAGCGACAGCGAGGAGAACUACAGCGAGCACAGCGCCGAGCUCAACAUGGAAGGCAUCAAUGACCACCGCAAGGAGGAAGAACGUCUGACGGAGGCUGAGAAGAACGAGCGCGUUCAGAAGCAGCUGAAGGCUCUGACCUCUGAGCUGGCUCAGGCACGAGAUGAAACCAAGAACACCCAGAACGACCUCCUUCACAGCGAGAACGUGCGGGCCGGCCGAGACAAAUACAAGACCCUGCGACAGAUCCGGCAGGGCAACACCAAGCAGAGGAUCGACGAGUUUGAAGCCUUAUAGGAAGCCUUUGCUGCUUUGCCACAUCCCCUUUCUGACUGGUCACUACACCUCUCUGCUCUGCUGACACAAGCUCUAACUCACCCAAAGUCGCACGCCGGCUUGGUUUUGGUCUUACCUGGAGCUGUAGAAGCACCGUAGACACACGGAGAUCAACUCUUCCUGUGAGUUUGUCAGGCAGGAUGAAGGGCUUUGCUAAACCUUCGCAGGUAACUUAGUGCCAAAAACCGUCUGCCCUCGUUCUUUUUUUAGUGUCAAGUAUUCUUCAUGGAUCUAAUUGUGUGUGAAUUCUGAUCAGUUCAGACCAAAAUCAAUUCUUUGUGUUGACGUCAGGGAAGAAAUUCUGCUUGAUGCAAUCAGAGCUUCGCUUCUUCAUGUGUUGUAGUUUAUGGCUACCAAUCAGAAAGGGCACUACAGUAUAUGCAGCUCUUUGUCUGUUUUCCACUUUUAUUUGAACACUUCCACUUAUGUUUAUCAUUGCUAGAGAGUAGUAGAAAACCAUGCCUAGUUGGUUAUUUAUGCUGAAUGUGGGACAUUAAAAGGGUAUUUCCUCUUGGUUUGUAUAUUUUUGCUCUCUACCAACGAUAGAAGCUUUUACUGUUUCAAAAGCUUUUCUGUACUGACCAAAAUGAAUCGUUGGAGGUGUGAUCCAUAUACUUUCCUUUAUAUCACCUAAUUAAAGAAAUGAAAAUGUAAAUUAUUAUUUUUAUUGCAGAUGAAAUUCAGCUGCUUGACAUUCAAAUCAGUUCUGAUGAGAUUGCUGCGUAAGCCUAGUCUGGCUGGCACGUGUAGGAUUUCCUGUUAUUUUUUUCUUAUUUUGUGUCCGGUUACAGAACGAGUGAGCCUGUAGUAUGAGACCUCGCCUCUUCUAAAGCUGCCUGCUUUAUCCAAGAUGAAACUGUAAACGGCAACGCUGGAACGUGUAUAUAACCAAGAUUUUACAAUGAGGUGUUGAACAUAAAGGCAAUAAAGAAACAAUUUUA